ACAACACCGACGACGACACCUCGAAGCCACGACAAAAGACGCCAACCGUCCCUAAUCCAAAAUGACGAAGGGUACCUCCAGCUUCGGCAAGCGCCACAACAAGACGCACACUCUGUGCCGCCGUUGCGGUCGCCGCUCCCUCCACAUCCAGAAGCACACUUGCGCGUCGUGCGGUUACCCCGCGGCUAAGACCCGUGGCUACAACUGGGGCGAGAAGGCCAAGAGGAGGCACACCACCGGUUCCGGCCGCAUGCGCUACCUGAAGACCGUCCCCCGCCGCGCCAAGAACAACUUCCAGCAGGGUACCGCCAAGCGCCAGGAGAAGGCGUAAAUGAUGUCUGGCUUUCGACGAGCGUGAAAGGCGUGGGUGGGGUCAACAAUCGGAGCAUUUCCUGAGUUUUUCUUCAGACUGGGCAGGCAUAAAAACGUGCGGCUUUUUU